AUGAAAAAUGUUUCCAUUCCCACCCUUAUCAUGGGGGAAGUUCCGGUUGAUCAAAUUGGUCUUUCCUCGAAACCUCACGAUGAAUUUCUUUAUCUAGCAGUACUGGUAUAUGGCCGGGAUGACCGUGCACCUUGCAGUCUCGAUGACAGAAUCUACCUUGCCAAAACAAUGCGAAGCUUUGUGCCGUACUUUGUUCAGUCAAUGUCUAUCAGAAGUGACAGUUAUCUUCCAGGCGAUGCACAGAAUUUGUGCAAAGAAAUCACUUACUAUCUGAAGCUGAAAGCGAACGAAGAGGACUUGAAUGAUUUUAUCGAAGUAUACCGGAGCCAUUAUUUCCGCAAUGCUUCAGUGCCGAAGGAGGCUAUUCUUGAAUCAUGCUUGCUUCACAUUCUCAAGAUGCCUUUCGACCUCAAUUCUUCUAUUAUACAUGGUCUUAUAAAGCAAUAA